AUGGCUGCCUGCAGCCUGCCUCUGGGACUGUGGCUGCUGCUGCUGCUCCAGGACAUCCAGACAACCCCACAGACAUCAUUAACCCCACCUCAUUCCUGUGACACACGAGAGAAUUGGUUCUAUGAUGAAACUUCACAAAACUGCUGUUACCAGUGUCCCUCAGGCUAUGUUAAAAAGAAAGCAUGUCCUCAGGAUCCAGCUGCAGACUGCAUGACAUGUGGACCUGAACAGUAUCUGAGCAAUAAAUCCAAAAAGCCACAAUGUGAUGCCUGUGUGUCAUGCUCAAAAGACCUGGUGGAGAAGCAGCCGUGCUCCCUCAGCUCCAGCCGUGUGUGCGAGUGCCGGCCCGGCCUGUUCUGCCAGCUGACCGUGGAGAACAGCUGCUCCCGCUGCCAGCAGCACUCUGUCUGCAAGCCCGGCUUUGGGGUCAAAACCAGGGGCACCUCAACAAAUGAUGUGACUUGUGAAGAGUGCCCUCCUGGGACCUUCUCUGAUCAAAGCUCCAGCACAGACAUCUGCAAACCCCACACCAGCUGUGCCAAGUUGAACAAGGUCACCCUAAGGAAAGGAAAUGCCACCCAUGAUCAAGUUUGCCUGGAGCAGCUGCCCACUUACCUCACCCCAAGCACUUUGUCCAUGAGAUUCAGCAAUGAAACAAAUAACUUUGACCUGAGGAUGUUGAAGGAGAACCUGGUGACCUCUGCUAGUGGUGACCUUCUAAGUGUCACAGCAACUGAAAAUCCCAGCUCAACUCCUGAGGAGAAAGCUCAGGCUCCCACCUCAGCCAAAGGGGACGUGACAACAGGAGGUGUGGUGCUUUGGGCAGUGGUUCUCUCCCUGGCAGUGCUUCUUGGGGCCAUGCUGGUGUUUUGGAAAUGGAAGAUUUGCAAGAAGAGGAUCCUCGUCCUCAGGAGAAAGCCACACCUGCAUUCGGUCAUCGCACACAAAUACGUGCUCAAGUCUCCAGGUUCAGAUCUCGUGAACAAAUGUGCAAAGAUCAUACUGACCACUGAGAGUGGGCUGGAAGAGGAGGAGUUAAUUGACAGAACCCUUCCUUUGGAAACCAACAAUAACUUGGUGUCCAGCCCAGAAAAAGCCCAGAGUCCUCCCUGGAGUGUGACUGAGGUGACACCAAGCAGUGGCAAUGCCCCAGAGUGCCCUGUGGAUUCUCGAGUCAGAGACCACACAAAUAACAGAAUUGAAAAACUCUACAUCAUGAAGGCCGACACUGUCAUCGUGGGGUCUGUCUCAGAAGUGCCCAGUGGCAAGAACUGUGCUGUUAAAGGAUGUGAAAGUACCCUUGAUGCCCAGGAAAGCACAGAAGAGGAACUGGAAAUGCACUACCCAGAGCAGGAAACAGAGUCUUUUCCAGGGAAUGAUGUAAUGGUGCCUGUGGAAGAGGAGGGAAAGGAGUUUCACCACCCUACCACUGCCACUGAGAAGUGACAACCCACAGAGAGGGUAUGGGAAGACACAGAAUCACCCAGUGUGACACUAAGGCUGAAUUUAUGAUGAGGGAGGUACACACACUGUGCCUUAGAUUGUUGGGAAACUCCUGGAAAACACUGAAACACAUUCAAACAAGGAGUUAGAACCUAUUUCAUCUAACAAAGGAGAGGAUCAUCCAAACUGCUGGCCUUCAUAGCUGACAUCAAAUACUUCCAUUUCCCCAUCUCCCAGUAUCAUACUGACAACAAAUUUGAAUCAAA